AUAAACCCCCCCACUGCCAACAGAUCAAAUUCCCAAUCUGAAGAACACAGCUCUAUUUUAGGGUUUACGAUUCAUAUCAAUCGCUUCCGCCAUCCAAUUUUCAUCAUCUCAGAGUUGUGUCGAAUACAGAUGAAUCUUCCAUCCAAUCAACAUUCUACAAAUCAACAUGAAAAUGCUGCUAGAGGAACUGAAGUGUUCGUUGGUGGGUUGCCUAGGAGCAUUUCAGAGGAAAAACUUCGCAAGGUUUGAUUUUUACUGCUCUUUCAAAUGAUUUGGUGAAAUGAAGAAAGCUCGUGAAAAUGAUGGAGCUACAGAAAAGCAGAAAAACAAUGAAUCAGCUUCGUAAAUGGAACAGUCAAUUGGUUGCUGGCCUAGUGCUGUGCUGGCUGUAUUGGUGUUUUCCGCUUGUGGAGAAAUUGUGGAACUUCGCAUGAUGAGGGACAAGAAAGGCAAUUUAAAGGGAUUCUGCUUUGUUAGGUUCGCAACGAAGGAAUCUGCAGCCAGAGCUGUGAGGGAAAUAUCCGGCACGGUGCUGGAGGGGAAGAAGAUUGGUGUUCUACCGUCAAGUGAGCAAGAUACUUUAUAUCUCGGGAACCUUAACAAAGCAUGGAGUGCUCAAGAAUUUGAAAGAAUUGUUCUCCAGGUUUUCCCAGACAUUGAAUCCAUUGAGCUCCCAAUCUUUAAAGACACGCCACCAGGUCAAAAGCUACAAAAUCGUGGUUUUGCGUUUGUGAAAUUUCUCUCCCAUGCUGCAGCCGCACGUGCUCAUCAGGUGGGCUGUCAACCAGAUUUUCGUCUUGGGAAUUUGCACCCAGUUGUUCAGUGGGCAGAAGAAGAACGUGAACUUGAUCCGAAUGAACUUGCUAAGAUAAAAGUAGCAUUUGUCAGGAACCUACCUCUUAAUGCAGAAGAGUACUAUUUGAAGCAAUUGUUUGAGCCAUUUGGCAAGAUAGAGAAAGUAGUGGUGUCCAAAAAAGGUAGCUCCGCAGUUGGGUUUGUUCAUUUUUUUGAGAGAUUGGAUCUUGAAAGAGCCGUCAAUGAACUGAGUGAGAAAACAGUCCAUGGACCUAAUGGAGGUCCACUGUAUAAACUCCAGGUUGAAAUUGCCAGACCUAUGGAUAAAAACAAGAAGCGAGUUCAUGAGAACUCUGAAACUACUUCUGUUCAGGCUCAUUCUAAACAUUUGAGACCUGAUAUCCAUAGUUCUCUAGUCCAUAGGGGAUUUGAAUCUUCUGACCCUUACGAGGAGGCCGUAAUAGCAUUGCCUUUAGCUGUUAAAGAGCGCUUACUCCGAAUUCUACGGCUUGGAAUUGCUACUCGUUUUGAUAUUGAUGUUAAAAGUUUACGCAGUCUCAAGGAACUACCCGAGCCUAAUGCUAUUUCUAUCCUUGACCAGCAUCUGGCUGAAAAAGCAAGAUCAAACCAGAGCCUGGACGUUUUCCCUCGAGUUGCCGAAGAUACUAGGAAUGAGUCGAGGCUAUUUGGCAUCUCGCAUCAAGUGUCCCCACAUACUGCUCCUUUUACCUCUCACACCCAAUUAUCUGCAGCAACUAGGCCCGACAUUUACGCAGCCUAUUCAUCACCACACUCAGACUAUCCUUUACCAAACCGAACUCUAACACAAGAAGUCAACGGCCGACAUUUACCAGAUUACCCUCUGCCAGGUGGAACACUAAUACGAAGAGCAGACGAGUCAGGCCCUCCUCCUCCAGACUAUCCUCUAUCAAGUCGAACCUUAACUGGAAGAGUAGAUGACAAACCUCCACUCCCGCCUCCAGGUCAUCACUCCGGGCCCCACAUUUUCAACAUUCCAAAACUAAACACGCUUGAAGAAAGAACCCUUUCUCCCUAUGAAUUGAGACCGGUCCCAGCCAUGUCUUAUGGGCGGGUUGGGUUAAGAACUGAGGAGAUUCUCCCUUCGCCACCUGUCCAGACAGCACCAGGUUCGUCUGUACUAUCUUAUGCUAGACAUGGUGUGAAUCUUGGCUCAGAUGAUAAAAGAGUUGGUGAAUCCCGACGUCAAAUUAGGUUCGACCCUUAUACUGGCGAGCCGUACAAAUUCGAUCCUUUUACUGGGGAACCCAUUCGUCCGGUGGAUACAGAAACUCGGCCAUUCUGAAUUUCUGAUUCAUUUGCUAAGUGGUCUCUUUCGCAUGCGGGAUUUCGAAUUAAGCUAUAUAAAGAGUUGUGGAUUUUCUUUUAUGCUACUUCCCGGAAUCUGGAUUGAGGAUGUUUUUGCGUGUGUAACUUAGGAAAAAAGAAAAAAAGAAAAAAGCAGAACCGAGUGAAUUUGCUUGUUGUAGCCUGUAUCAGAUUAUUUAUUUAUUCGUCAAGAAUAACCUGUGCUGGCCGUUCCCCAAUAAUCAUGAAAAACUAGUAGUUACUCAUUCU